ACGCUGGUCACACUUACUCGCACAAAGUUUUUGUUUUCGCACCAGUUUCUCGGGAGUUCUGGAUAAAAAUGACUAGCUGCGUGCCAGCGCAGCAGCAAAAGGACCAGGAGCAGUUGCUGAGGGAACUGGCCGAUAGCAGCGACGAGAUGGAAGACCCGGACGAUCCGGACCAAGACAAGCAGCAGUUGGUUGAACCGACGUUCUCUUUUUCGAACAGCAACACCUGCUGGGUAUGCAAUGGCUAUUAUGGGCCCAACUUUGGGGAGCCUUUGUGCGGCGCGUGCCAUGCCUUUCUCUACAACGCCCAGCGGGCUGAGGAGCUUCUGACGGAGCUCUCCGACGACGAGGACUCUGGAAACGACGAGCCGCCCUUUAAAGACAAGCAGGAGGACGAGGAGACAGAGAACGAUGUGGACAUAAUGGGAUUCGAGGAUCUGGAGGAUCCCCAACCACCGCCCGUCCCACUGCACCCAAAUCAGCAGCCAGCGCCGGAAGCGCAGGAUCAACAGCCAGCCCAACCAGUUCUCGAUCUGCCCCAGCAAGCGCCUGAAGCGGCGCCACCAAGACGCGAAUCUCCAGAGCGUGACAUUGAGCACGAGCGUGCCGUCAAUCCCUUUCUGCUGCCUAUAAAGCGCCCACGGGCCAUGGCUCCACUGGCCCUACCCCACUAUGUGCACGAAUUGGCCGAUGGACGGGCCCGAGUCCAUGAAUACAACGCCGCCAGCGGAAGUGGAGCGAGUGGCAGCAGCAGAAACAUUGUCAACAUAAUUCCUGUCGAGGUGAUGCUGAAGAUAUUUGCCUAUCUGGACGACAUGUCGCUGUGGAUGGCAAGUGAGGUGUGCAAGCAAUGGCACGAUAUUGUGGGCAAGAACACGGCUCAGAGCAUGUGGAAGGCGUACAUCAAGCAGCGCUGGCCGCUGUUCGAGAGCUUGGCCGAUAAUCCCAACUGGUACCGAUUGUAUGGAGCGCUGAUGUCCUCCUGCUUCUGCCGCACCUGUCUGAUCGAGAUGAACGGACGGGGUCAGGGGGCGCAGCAGGCAGACCAACAGCUGGACGAACGGGAGCCGGGCAAUGUGAUGCGCAACAACUUCCUACGCGGCGAGGCCAAUCUGCUGAACAGCUACGAUUCGGAAGGAAUUUCGGCAAUACCGCUGGAUCGACAAAAUAACUAUUGGCAAGCCACGAUCCUUGGGCCUCCGGGCAGUCCGUACGAGGGCGGAAAGUUCUUCCUGUUCAUCUACUUUCCCGAGCGCUACCCAAUGACGCCGCCGACAGUCAGAUUCCUAACGAAGAUCCUGCACCCAAACGUCUCGCGCCACGGCGACGUGGGCAUCGACAUCUUCCAGCAGCACAACUGGUCGCUGGCGCUGAAUGUGGCCAAGGUUUUGCUGUCGGUGCAGAGCCUUUUGACCGAUCCGUACACCGAGGUCUGCAUGGAGCCAGAGCUUGGCUACAUCUAUGAGCACGAGCGCGAGCGGUUUGAGCAACUGGUGCGUUCAUGGACCUGGAAGUACGCCAUGUUCGAGUUGAUCGCACCGCGCUAGGAGAUUAAAAACCCUCGAGGACAUUGGACUGAAAGUUGGAAACUACCCCUCUUUACGUUGUAACUACAUAUGUCUGUGUAUUUAGCUUAGUUGUGCCAUCCGGAUUGUUUAUUUUGGCCUUCCUCUCACUAUUUCCGCGCCCCAGGUCACAACAUAGUCGAAAUUACUUAACCUAAUAAUAAACGUAUGCUUUAAGUUA